UUGAAUUUUAAUUUUAGUCAAGUAAAUUUUGUAGUUUAAGUGAAUUGGAUUUUGUUUAUUUUUUCUAAUAUAGUAUAAUUAUUUUAAAUUUGAAUUGAAUUGAGACUGAAUUUUUAUAAUAUUUUGAUACUGAAAUUUUCAGCAAACUGAAAUUGGACUGAUCUCAAAAUGAGCGGUCCGUACAUUUUACCGGAAGCGGAGCAUUUAUUGGUGGAGGAGGUCGAUUUUGAUCUGAAUCUCAGAGGUCAAGUAGUCGACCGUAGAGAAACUUUGGAAGACAAGCAAAGAUUUUUGAGAAGAUUAUUGUUGGAGGAGAAGAAAUCGAAGACUAAGCGUCAAGGGAAGCAUUAUUUCAAAGACGAAGUGGAAGUAAUUAGCGAAAAAGUGGAAACGAUUUCCGCAGGAUUGAGUAAACGACUCGAUCGGGUUUUGAUUUCGAGAUUACGGCAUUACUUAAUUCGUGCUCAUACUGCCAUCGUUCAAACCGAGCGUGAGGAAAAAGUUAGGAAAGAAAUUUGUCAACAAAUAGAAGAAGUAUUGAAAAGUUUCAAGCUUAAGGUUUUUAUGAAUUCAGAAGAGUUGAACAUAGAAAAGGAUCAGAAGAAUACAGAGACGACAGGAGAUGAGGUUGGAAAAGUAAAUACUAUGGAAGAAAAUACACGAAAAGAUAAAAAAGAUGUAGAAGGAGAAGACAAUUCAGGAGACGAAUUAGACGACAGGGCAGCUGAAAAGCAAAAAGAGUUAGAUGAAGAGUGGAAAGAAUUUAUUCUGUGGAAACAGGAUAAAAUUUAUAACGAAGCAAAAGAAAGAAGUAAAAUCCACAAAGCAGAAUUGUUAGAGACACAAUUAGAGAAGGAAAGAAAAGCGAACGUUGAUAAAAGGCCACCGGAGUGUAAUAAGAGCCGGAAAUCUCGUUCGAAUUAUAGAAUGGAUAGUGAUUUUAGUAGAAGUGAAACCGAGCAGAGUAGUGAUGAAAGGUCGCCGGAGCGUUAUAAGAACCGGAAGUCACAGAGAGAAACUAGUAGAGAAAGGAAGAAAGACAAAUGCAGGAGUGACCGCCGGCCGCCGGAGAGCAAUAAGAGUCGAAAGUCGCACAGGGAACAAGAAAAUUUAGUGAAGUUGGCAAGAAGUAAGGGUGAUAGACGACCGCCGGAGAGCAACAAGAGUCGAAAGUCACGAAGAAGUGUGAGUAAGGAAAGCAGAAGAAGAAAUAAACGGUAUAGUAGUUCCGAAAGUAGUCUAGAAAGAAGAGGUAAAGAUAGAAUGGGAAGAAAAUCUAGGAGAGAUACCAGUGGUUCAACGGAUGAAUGGAACACUGAGUGUGGCCGUGGCCAUAGACAUCGUAGAAGAUCACUUUCAUCAGCAAGUUCGGAGUUUCAUAAAAAUCAUAAGGGUUGUCUUCUCCUUCUGACACGCGCUCGUGAUACUACUACCGACGGCAACAUUCUGCUGUCGCCAAGCGAUUAUAAUUUGCACUUUAGGAAAAAAUCGUCUAGGUUUAACCUUCGCUUCCACAAAAUUGUGAUCUAUCGAUCGAUUGUUAAUAAUCUGCCUUCCCAAUCACAAACUGCAACAAAACCAAUUAAGAAGCUUGAUAAAAUUUCACUUGGCUGCCACUGA